CUGCUGUGAGACCUGGAGCCAGGGGCUUCGUGCGCAAUCGUUCUGUCACUCCAGGCGCGCACCAAAGAGUCGUCCACGCGUCAGCAAUGCCGAACAGAACUCAUCAAAGUCACCGGAUACCCCAUUGAUCACCUUCCGAUGUCCAUGCCGCCUUUUACAAUAUGCAAGUGUAUGGAGAAGAUGUCUUUCCAUCAGUCAGCUUAUCCUCAUCAUUAUCGCCCUGCCUUAUCCCAUCAAGGUCACAUGGCACCUGACCAUGCGCAUCCUGCCUCUUUCCAGUAUCUCCUCCAUCCCACGCGGGCCUUCUGUGCGAGAGGGAGUACCUGAGACAUUUGUCCGAUGAUAGCCCUGUGAGCUUCGAGAGCUCGUCAGGUGGCUAUGACAGCACUACAUCUCACCGCAUCCGAUGUGUAUUAGUAGGGCCAGCUGCCGUCGCUGCCUCUGCUCGAUGUCGUCCAGGCUUUCACGCGUCGAGACUGGGAGUUGAGAGCAUCCGAAACACUGAAGGGUCAGUCCUCAGCCGCCUUGAAGCGACGCCGAGAUUAGCAAAUCUACGCUGGCGGUCACGCAAAGGGUCUGUCCGCCGAGUCAGAGCGGGCUGUCAAUUGAUUCUGAGGCGCGAUAGGCAUGCUAUAAUAUCAUGAUGCAUGCAGCUGCCACGUUCCCCCUCUAAUCAGUAGCAGAGGGCGCGUGUACAAAUACGAAUUCUCCGGUCCUCUUUGCAUCGCCGAGCACAAGACUUUGAAUUGUCUCGCGAACUGGUCAACGGUCGACGCGGAAGAUUGGGACUGAGGCCGGCCGGCGCCAGCCACGCCACACCACACCCCGCAUGCGCAUGUGAAGCACGAGUCAAAUCGGCUUUCAAAAUGAGCAGCUUCGCACCACACCUCCAACCCACCUCGCGCACGCCUGCCCCCACGAGCACGACCUCGAAUCGUCGCCCGCAGCCUCGAACGCGCCGUUCGAUCGACGUCAUCGCCAGUCCGAGCCAACGCGCCAGGAUGCAGGCGGAGCGAAAUGGCUUACCGAUAGGGAAUGGCGGCGGACAGCGCGGUUUCGGUAUGCCUCAGCGCAUGGCCGCCAGUCCGCCCAAGAACAAGAAUACUCAGCAUGUUCCGUGCAAGUUCUAUCUGCAAGGACAGUGCCAAGCGGGGCCGAUGUGCCCAUUCUCACACGACAUCGAGUCCACCACGAGACCAGCGCCCUGCAAGUAUUUCGCGAAAGGUGGUUGUAAAUUUGGGAGGAAAUGCAUGCUGUUACACGUCACACCAGACGGCACGAUCGUCAACCAGCGAUAUCCUCCUCCUCAGUAUCUCGCCGGCCCCGCGCAGCCACCGCCCGCCGCGUACGGCCCUCCACCGCCUGGACUUUUGUCGCUUCAAGCACAAGGGCUCGAGCAACGAUCACAAGGGGAGAUUCCGCCCGAAUUCGAACACUAUCGUUACGGUCCGCAGAAUGGCUUCGAUAUGCAGCAUCCUGACGUGACUUACACAUCGGCAUCACCGAAAUUUGGCUCGCCGCCUGCGAAUGAGCACUUCGCUACUUCGCCGAAGCAGAAGGGCUUGUCUGUGCUGGACGCGCCUCUGCCUAAUAGCUUCGACAGCAACGGUAUCUCAUGGGCAGCCAUCCAUGGACCUUCCGGCGCAUUAGCUGCCUCGGUGCCCUCUCGCUUCGGCGUAGACUCACCACCGUCUUCGCUGCCUCGAAAGUCACAGCUGGGUAAUCUGGCGUUGCGGGAAUUACAAAACUCAGCAUAUGGAGGCAUGGACAAUGUGAUCGCAAGCAUGGGUUCGUCGCCUCCCAGCGGUCCGGAUGAACCGCUGUCAUUCGCAAAGAGGCCGCUGCACUCGACUCGUCUACGUGCAUCCAGAGGAGGCAUGGUUGCAACGAGCUACGGAGGGUUCGCACCUCCACCGUUUGAUGAUUGGGAAGGAGAUGAUGAUGGGCAUUCCGACAGAGAGGAGGAGUUGUUGCCAUCCAGUCUACACGAUCUCAUUCCAGAGGAUCGACAACGCAGAGUCUCGCGCAAUGUGGAAGAUUCGUCCGGGUUACGGCGCACUCCUUCCGGACAUGGCACUUCCUCGGACAGCAAAGUGGGCAGCCCACACUCCUCGAGUCCCUCGCGAUACAACAGCGUCUUCGCUCGUGCAGCGAUGCAAAACGGCCUGGGUCACGUUGGAUCGCCGCUCCGAGAUUCCUCUAUUCCAACGUCUCAUCCCAUUGGUGUCGGCGCGAAUGGCGAGCUGAGUCCAAGCAUCAGUAGUCCAGGACGACAUGCGCAAGCGAGCAUGAGUAUGCUUACCCAAGGAUUGGCCAGAACCAAGCUCGAGGCUGCAAGAUCAGCAUCCAACGCCGCUCAAGCACAGGCUCCAACGCCGUCCAGGACUUUGUCAAAUGGGUCGACCUCUGCCCGGGCCAGCAUGGAUCGCAACCUCAGCAGCAAUAGUAUCAGCCAGCGAAUCGAUGAAGAGCAAGAACUGUUCGACAUGGAUAUCGGCUCCGAAGCCAAGACGAGCAGCUCGAAUGCGAACUUCGGGGCUAUCGGCGGCGGAAGGACGACGAAGUAGUACUACUCGCCCACCCGCAUGCAAUUUCUGCCAUAUCUAAUCGGCGCUGACUGCAGUGUUCGCACUGCUCGAGAGACGGCGCUGGAACAAUUCGAUCCUCUCUGGCACGGAAGAUAUUGUACCAAUUGCAUUUCACGUGCAACUGCGUACAUCAGAGGUUGAGCUGCGUAACGAACGUGCGUUGCGUUUUGUAUGAUUUGGAGCUAUGUUUCGAACUUCGACUGAGGUCAAUCUGACCAAUCGUUAUCGCACAGAAUCUGGAAGCUGGAGAUGCAACUGCUCCCAUUUUACUGGUGCUAAUUGCGCUGCGACUGGCAUUGUCUGCGCCAACGACUGGACGAAGACGAUGCACGAAGGUCAGAGACAUUGGGUUUGCAACACUUCAGUUCUGACUUCGCUUGGGAUGAAAUCAGUCGGCGAUGCGCCGGAAAAAGGCGAAAAGAAAAGGAGUGCAAAAAAUACUUGGGGAAAUGAUGAGUAAAAUUCAGCGAAGGCGCUGGCGGUUUCUACAACGACGCUCGGAAAAGAGCUUACAUUUGCUUUCGGGAGAGAGGGCAUUGGAGAGAUACAUUGGCGUUCUUGUCUCUUAUGGUCUUUUGGUUUACGUUUAUUCGGAAAGGGCGGGGCUGCAUAUACGCCGACCUCGAGGUUCGGCAGGUUUGGGAAGCGGGGA